GGAGCGACUGGAUCGAGUGAGACUGCUACGGUUCUUGUAGUCAGUGGGCUAUGUGCCCAUCAGCUAUAUACUUGAUAUAAUAUGAUCCAAAAUCAGGAUGGAAAUUUACCAUGAGCGCCAGAGACAAAUGCUUUGUGCAGUUCAUACCCUAAACAAUCUUUUCCAGGAGAAGAAUGCAUACAGCAAGGCAGAUCUAGAUGCUAUUAGCUACAACCUUAGCCCAGAUGCUUUUGUUAAUCCUCAUAAAAACAUGCUUGGUUUAGGAAAUUAUGAUGUCAACGUUUUGAUGGCGGCCUUACAGUUGAGAGAAUAUGAAGCACUUUGGUUCGAUAAGAGACUAGGUCUUGACAGGCUUGAACUUCUGCAGAUCUUUGGAUUUGUGGUGAAUAAACCAUCAAGUGUUAAUCUUGUUUGGCUAGAGGUACCUAUCAAGAGACCUCACUGGUUUGCAGUUCGGAAAAUAAAUGAAAAUUACUAUAAUUUGGACUCCAAACUCUCAUCUCCUCAGUGUAUUGGCAAUGAAGAGAAACUUGUUGAGUUUUUAUCAGAACUUUUGUCUCAACCAGCUGUCCAACUUUUUGUCAUUGUUCAAAACAGUGUAGCAAAGAACAGUCUUUGGAAAAGACUAUAAUAUAUUUUUAUCUAAUCUAAUACAUAGAUUAAUGCAAAAUACCUGGCCACUUCUUUGGGUCCUAUGGAUGCACAUUCCUGGUACACGAAGCUAAAAAUUUAAAAUAUAUUUAAGACUGCAGCCUCCACUAUACGCCUUGAAGCUUUUUGGAGAUCACCUCGCCUUGUCAUGUCAUUAAUGUAAAUAAUUCUUUUGUUGUUAUGUGGCAAAUGAUGAUGUUGAUGAUGAUGAUGAUGAUGAUGAUGACGACAAUAAGAAUACCAAUAAUAGUAUUGCUUUAUGACUCAUCUUACAAUGUUAUACCUGGUAACUCUCAUGCCUUAAUAAGCAGGAGUUUGACACUUGUUAGUCUAAAGCUUGUACCUCUUGCCUGCUUACUCCUAUGGUCCAAUGUCUAAUGCCUGGCUAAAGAAAGAGUUAUGACAGCCUUAAUUGACACACUUUUAAUGAUAACUUUCAAAUGAUGCUUCUCCCUGAAAUAGUCGGAUUUUAAACAAGGAAAAGUACUGUGGAUGACAUAAUUGUGUUUGGUGAAACACAUCAUGAGAUUGAGACCGUGAAAUUUGUGAAAAGUCUUCAGAAAAUUCAAAUUUUUAAGUUUAUGGUCGAAUCAUGUUGCAUGGCACUCUCAACAAAACUUUCGUAAGUUUGACUUAGAAAAAGUUGACAGGUAUCUAAACUUCCCUGAAACAUGCAAAGAGGAAGUGGUUAUUAAAUGGUUAGGUUUUCUGAACUUUGAAUAAUAUAACUAGAAGUAAAUAUUUUUGUUUCAUGAUAGUAUAAUAUUACUCCGUAAAUUAAUAUGUAGUGUAAUUUACAACUGGCCAGAAUUUACUUUUGCCAGGGCAAACUGACAAGUAUUCACGGGUGAUCUAUAAUGUUCUAGCACUGUGUUCGAGCUUGAGAAGAAUGGCUGUUUUAGGGAAUUCUUUGUAAAGGUACCGUAAGGACUAAUUAUUUGUAAAUAUAUGAGUGAUGUCCAAGUUAGACCUGGUUUAUUGCUAAAUUAAGGUUUACACAGUUUAUACAGUUCAUCUUGAAAACCGCUCUAAUAAAUGUAUCAAACAAAUGCCCAAUCAUUUUCAUGAUGCUAACGGUUACCAUACCAACAGUGCAGUAAACAAUUAAAACACCCUUAAUUUUAGUUUUUAGUGCUUAUAACUAAAGAAUGAGUCCUCCGACACACCAUGUUUAUUAUCAAAUUGUAGUCGGCAUGUUAAAGUGACCGUUUAACAAUAAAUUAUAGUGGGAGGGGUUUCAGAGCUACUGUAAUUAUUCAGAAAAUUAUGGUGGGUGUAAUAAAAUUAUAUAAUGCACUUUACAUAAUUAUAAUGAGCUAAAAGAAUUGUUAAAAAUACAAUUGUGACUUAUAUACACCACUUUUGCUGUUAAUUGAA